AUGGCAUGGGUCAGUGCCAGAUGUGCAGGCCAUCCGUCUCCAUCUUGGGAUCCAAAGGUGCCAAACAUUGGAGUCUUGGAGGUGCCAUGGCUGCACUCGGGCUGCACUCUGGCUGCAAGCCCAGGUCGUGGCCAGGUCGUGGCGAGGCCAUGGCCCAUGGACCAUGUAUCGUGGGAUGACCCAGGCGAAAUUAACAUCAAACACCACAAUCAUGUUCCAGUCAUUGCAGCAAACCCCUGUCCAAUGCAUCCGCCAAGUCGCCCGCUCUGCUCUGGUCGGUCUAGCCAUCUGCAUCUGCAAAUCCAUCUCCAUCGAGUCGCCGAGUCCCUCCUCUGUGCAAUAUGCAAUAAUAAUACUCCGUACCUGUGUGGUUGCUGUCUUGUCUGUCUUCUCUUGUCUGGUCUGGUGUUUGAGGUCCGAGGUGCUGCGCAGUCAGUCCGUCCGUCUGUCCCUGGCACCCUCGUCUGCUCCGCAACCACGGUCCCAGGUUACAUCCAAUUCAACAGCCCGUUGGCGAGCGAUCGGGGUCCAGUGGAGGACUUCUGGGCAUCGUAA